UCUGGGUUGCAUUCUGAGUGCGGGACGAGAAACCACCUCUAAUGCAAGUACAGAAAAAUAUCGGUCCCCAACAGACAAACAGCAGCAGCAUGUGUGAAUCCACGCAGAGGUCCUGCGAACCUCGGCGAAAGAGAGUGGAUGAGCGCAGUGCGCCCUCGGAGAUAGCCAGGAUAAUCACAGAUCCUGCCACGGGGAAGUGCUACUGCCGUGGAAAAGUUUUGGGAAAGGGAGGGUUUGCUAAAUGCUACGAGAUGACCGACCUCUCCACCAGCAAAGUUUAUGCAGCCAAAAUCAUCCCACAUGCGCGCGUCUCCAAACCUCACCAACGGGAGAAGAUUGACAGAGAAAUCGAGCUGCACAGAGUACUGCACCAUAAACACAUUGUGCACUUUUAUCACCAUUUUGAGGACAAGGAAAACAUCUACAUCCUGUUGGAAUACUGCAGUAGAAAAUCAUUAGCCCAUAUCCUGAAGGCUCGCAAAGUGCUUACUGAGCCAGAGGUGCGUUAUUAUCUAAGACAGAUUGUCUCUGGACUGAGGUACCUGCAUGAACAAGAGAUCCUUCACAGAGACCUGAAACUUGGUAACUUCUUUGUGAGUGAGUCAAUGGAGCUGAAGGUCGGGGACUUUGGUCUGGCUGCCAAGUUGGAGCCAGCGGGAAACAGGAGGAAGACGAUCUGUGGAACUCCUAACUACCUGUCCCCUGAGGUGCUCAACAAGCAGGGCCACGGCUGUGAAUCAGACAUCUGGGCCUUAGGCUGUGUAAUGUACACCAUGCUGUUGGGCAGGCCACCAUUUGAAACCACCAACCUGAAGGAGACAUACAGGUGUAUUAGAGAGGCGCGUUACUCCCUGCCCUCCUCCCUGUCGCCACAGGCUAAGCAGUUAAUUGCCAGCCUACUAGCCAAGAUCCCAGAGGACAGACCCAACCUGGACCACAUUCUGAGGCACGACUUCUUCACACAGGGCUUCAGUCCAGAGCGUCUGCCAGCUAGCUGUUGCCACUCAGCACCAGAUUUCCACGUCUCUAGUCCCGCCAAGAGCUUCUUCAAGAAAGCUGCCGCUGCGCUCUUUGGUGGGAAGAGAGACAAGGUCAAAUACUACGAGACUCUGAAUAAAUUAACCAAAGAGGAAGAGGAGAUUUACAAACUGCAGCACGACCUGGAGAGAACUGUCAUCAGCCAACAACAGAGCAAAAAGAUUUCUGAGAAUGGAAGUCUACUUCCGCCAUCUGCUGAGAGCCACGUUGCCCCGGCAACAGAGAGCCAGACCCCGACGAUGCAAGAUACCAUUCGUCUGAUCGUCAGGGGGAGUCUGGGGAGCUGCAGCAGCAGCAGCGAAUGCCUGGAAGACAGCACAACAGGGAGCGUGGCUGAGACUGUUGCAAGUGUGUUGAGGGGAUGUCUGGAGAAUAUGCCCAAAGCGGAUGACAUUCCUCAGGGCUCAAACAGCUGCAAUCUUCAAUGGGUGACUAAAUGGGUGGACUACUCCAACAAGUAUGGCUUUGGCUAUCAGUUGUCUGAUCACACCGUGGGAGUUCUCUUCAACAACGGCACUCACAUGAGCCUCCUGCCAGACAGAAAGACCAUCCAUUACUAUGCAGAGUUGGGCCAGCGCUCUGUCUUCCCCACUUGCGAGGUUCCUGAACACUUUGUGGGUCAGGUGACUGUGCUCAAGUACUUUUCCCACUACAUGGAGGAGAACCUCAUGGAUGGCGGGGACCUGGGUAGUGUGACAGAUGCACACAUGCCCAGACUCUACCUGCUGCAGUGGCUCAAGUCCGACCGCGCCCUCAUGAUGCUCUUUAACGACGGCACUUUCCAGAUCAACUUUUACCAUGACCACACCAAGAUCAUCCUGUGUUGCCAGAUGGAUGAGUACAUGCUGACAUAUAUCAACGAGGACCGCGUCUCCAAAACCUUCAAACUCAGCUCCCUGCUGACGUCCGGCUGCCCAGCUGACCUGCGCGAACGCAUGGUGUACUCCCUCAACAUGCUUCUGCAGAGAUGCAGCUAAACCUACAAUAAUGUGUUUUGGACAGUGUUAACCAGACAAAUCUACCCAAUGUGCUACUGCAGUGCUGCAGUGGAACCAAGAUUCGGAAGGAUCUGUGCGGGAAGGACGAGUUUGAGGACGGACCUGUGAAAAGUAAAAUUAACAUUCCUGCACUGUUGCGCCUUCAUGACUCAGCAGAGGUCCAAAUGAAAAAAUAAUACGGACAGACUCUGUGGAUGGGGAAAUGAAAUGUAGCACAAUGACAGUGGAUGUUAAAGGGCUGAUUUGUAUGUUGAUUGUUGGAGGAGAGGAAAGACUGAGCGUGUUGGAGCGAGUAUGUUGGUACGAAUGUGAACCCCAGAUGUUUGGGGGAAAAAGAGGGAUGUUUGGAAAGUAAAGACAAACGCUGGGCUGGCACCAGCUUAAAUGUGUACAGUAUAGUUGAUGCUGUUUUGUAGAGACAAUCCAUAAACUGAUGCUCUGAAUGUAACCAGAGCUAGACUGUGGAAUACUGUAAAUGAUGUACAGUGUAUGUCACAACCAACUCAGCAGUGCAGACAAACGAUUUGCUAAUGUGUGUGGAUGCUACAGACUUUGGCUGUUUGUGUGAGUGUGUGUGUGUGUGUGUGUGUGUGUGUGUGAGUGGGUGAAACAUAACACUAACUUUUAAAACUGUGAUUUGUUCUCUUGACUGACACGAUGGACUCAGCACAUUGAGCUGGGAACCAGAGGGGUGAUGUGAGGGGGGAGGAGAUAAUGACAUUAAAAUAACAGUACCAGGGAUUCUCUAAGGAUCCCUUAAGAGCCAUUAUCACCUUGGUAGAAAAUGUCCUAAAUAACUUAUUGUGUAAAAAAAGUGCAGUAUUUAUUUAUUUAAUAAUAAAGAGCAUUUUCUAAAGAAAAAAAUCUA